AUGCAUGAUAUUAUCCAUAAUAAAACAGAACAUUUAAAACAUUUAAACUUUUCAUCUAAAUUAUUGUCAGAAAAUGAAAAUAUUGUAAAUAUAAUGAAACAUUUUAUUCAUCAUAAUCAACAAUCAUCAUUUUCACCAUCAUCACCAUCAUCAUCAUCAACAACAUCUUCACCAAUAGUAAACAAUUCAAAUGAAUAUCUACGUAAUAAUGAUAAUAUUGAUAAUAACAAUAAUCCAUUAAAUACAUUAACUUCUGAUGAAUUAGAACAGGAGAAUGAAGGACAAAAAUCAUUUCUUAUAUCUGAUCUUUUGAAUACAAAUGGUACAAAUGAUGAAUGUGAAGAAACCAGUAUGAAAUCACUAUCAAUGAAACAGAAAAUUAAUUCAGAAGAUCAAUUCUCUGAUCAAUCAAUUGAAUCCAAAUCUAAAUUAUUACAUGAAUCAAAAUCACAAAAUACAACUGUUCAAUCUAUAAAUAUUAAUCCAUCUUUUAUAACAUUGAAACAAAAUUCAUCAUUUUCAUUAAAUCAAAUUACACAACUAAAAAAUUCCACAUUUAAUCAUCAAAUUAUUCAAUCAACAAAUAAUGUACAUACAAUCAAUGAUUGUCAUACAAAAACAUGUAAACGUAGAUUAACUGAUAAAACUUUACAAACAACUAAUCAAAAUUAUAUGAAAAUUAAACGUUCACACGAAUUUCCAAAUAGACAUAAUCAACAUCAUCAUCAUCAUCAUCAAGAACCACAAGUACCAUAUAACAGAAUAUUUGAAUUUAAUAACAUUCAAAAUGAAGUUGAUUCAUGUUUGUUAAAUCAUAAAUCUCAUACAGAGUUAAUCAAUAAUCUCUGUACAAAUUCAAAUCAAAGUGAUAAUCAUAAUGAUAAUAAUGAUAAUUGUCUGUAUGACCUUGAUGAUGAAGAUGAUGCUGAUGUGGAAGACCAAGAGGAGGAUGAUGAUGAUGAUGAUGACGAAAAUGAAAAAGGUGGGGAUAAUGACAUAGACGAUAAUGAAAGUGAUUCAGAUAAUGAUUAUGAAUUUAAAAAAUGUUCGAAAUCUACUACUAACAAAAAUAAUAAUAGUAAUGUAAAUGAUUCAAAUAUGAAACCAAGACGUGCAAGAACUGCUUUCACUUAUGAACAGUUAGUUACAUUAGAGAAUAAAUUUAAAAUGACAAGAUAUUUAUCAGUAUGUGAACGUUUAAAUCUUGCUUUAUCAUUAAAUCUUACAGAAACACAAGUGAAAAUAUGGUUUCAAAAUAGGCGCACAAAAUGGAAAAAACAAAAUCCUGGUAAAGAUGUUAAUAUACAGAAUGAUAAGUCAUUCAUUUCUAAAGUAAUGAUACCAUCUACUUCAUCAUUAUCAUCAACAGUGACUACAGUUUCAAUGCCAAGUAUAUUUUCAUCUGUUUCAUCUAUACCAUCUGUUCAGUCCUUAGGUAUUCAUCGUCGUCGUCAUCACCAUCAUCAUUUACAACAAAAUCAACCAGAAAUGGAAGCUUUUUCACAGUUAUCUAAAUUGUACUAUGAAACAUCAUUGUCUAACAAAUCAAUACCAAAAGAAAUGUCCACAUUAGAAUUCUUACGAACAAUGAAUUAUUUAAUGAAUAAUAAUUCACUUAGUUCAUCAACAGUAAAUAAUAAAGAGUCCCCAGAAUAUAAAGUAAAUAAUGAUUCAUUGAAACAAACAAUUUCAUUAGAUUUAAAUAAAUAUUCUAGUCUUUUAGAAUAUUAUCAACAAAUAUGGUCAUCUUUAAAUAAUCAAACUAAUAACUUUAUACAAAAUCAUUCAAAUCCACAAUUGAACAAUGAAAGAUCUACUAAUGAUAUUAAACAUUCAAUUAAUUCAAUAAAUAUACCUACAUCUGAAUUUUACUCUGAUAAUCUUAAGUCCAUUAUAGAUAAUAAAGCAUUAUAUAAUAAAGAUAUAUCCCAACAAAGCGAUAUUAAUAAUAAUCAUAAUGAUAAAUCUAUUUUGACUAAUAUUAAUGAAUCUUGUCUAGAUUAUAAAUUGUUUAAUAAAAACGAAUUACAUAAUCCUAUAAAAAAUAAUUUCAAUGAAUCUAUUAAAUCAUCAUUAUCUACAAAUAUAUAUCCAACUUUAUUUAGACCAAUAUCUACUCAUGAAACUAAAAUAUUUUCAUCAUCAUCACCGUCACCAUCAUUAUUAUCAUCAUCUUCAUUAAAAUGGGAUCACAUUGAAAUGAUACCGAAUUCUAUUGAACAUAAUGAAAUAAAUCGAAUACAUAAUCAAAAUAAUAUAUUAAAUAAUGAACAAAAUGAUAUGAUGAUAUGGAAUAAGAAUUCAAUGACAGCAGCUGCUGCUUAUGCCAUGUUAACAACUUCAUUUGAACAAACAAAUUUUAAACAAUAUUUAAAUCAAUGGACAGAGAAAAAUGAAUUAUUUAAUUCAUUGUCAAAUAAUCAUAAUCAUAAUAAUAAUCGAAUAUUAUCAACGGAAAUAAAUUCUAAAAAUGUAGAAUUAUCGACAAUAAAACAAUUCAGUAAUAAUAAUAAUAAUAAUGAUCCUGAUGAUAUUGAUAAUCCACAUUAUACUUCAACAAGUCCAUCAGGUUUACAACAUUCUACAACAUCUUCAUCAACUUCAUCACCUCAUACAACAACUCAUUUAUUUCAUGUUGAACAACAAUCAUCACCAGAUGAUUUAAUAAAUAAAUUAAAUGAUAAUUUAAACAAUCAUAAUCCUAUUCAAUCGAUCCAUUAAAUAUUAUAAAUUCAUUUAAACAUUAAUCUAUUCUUUUCUAUUCACUCC